AUGCCGCCUUCCAGCCAUAUUGCUGUUCUUCCAUUUCCCUUUGGCUCACAUCCUGUACCAAUGCUCAAUCUCGUGAAAAGGAUAGCAGCCUCAGCUCCUGCCAAUGUCAACUUUUCCUUCUUUUGCACCCCAGAAUCAAAUAAAACGUAUUUUUCAGGAGCAAAAGGCGAUGAAGAAUUUGCCAACAUCAAGGCUUACAGCGUGUGGGAUGGCAUCCCUAGAGAUCAUGUCUUUUCGGGGAACCCACAAUUGGAACGAAUUGGGAUGUUCUUAAAUGCAACCCCUGGUAAUUUUGAGCUGGCUAUGAAGGAGGCAGAGGAGGAUACAGGGGUCAAGAUUAGCUGCUUGUUGACUGAUGCUUUUCUUUGGUUUGCGGCCGAUUUAGCAGAGAAAAUUGGAGUUCCAUGGGUACCCUAUUGGACUUCGGGAUCUUGUUCUUUAUCAGCCCAUCUUUGCACUGACGAAAUCCGAAAAUUGGCCACAACAACUGGGAAAAGAGUUGAAAUGAUUCCGGGUUUGGAAGGUUUAAGCAUCGAUGAUGACAUGCCCAGAGAAGUUCUGUUGGAUGAUGAACAAUCACCAUUGGCUCUUCUGCUUCACAAUGUGGCGCUGAAUCUGCCCAGAGCAACUGCGGUUGUGGUCAAUUCAUUUGAAGAGUUAGAUCCAGCCAUCACAUUAGACCUGAAACCCAGGUUCAAAAAAUACCUCAACAUUAGCCCUUUUCAUUUGAUGGCGGCUCAACACAGCGACGAAUGUCUUGAUUGGUUGAGAAAACAGGAUGAUGCAUCAGUUGUAUACAUUGGCUUUGGCAGCGUAAGCAUUCCACCUCCUAAUGAAAUGGUAGCAUUAGCAGAGGCAUUGGAGACUUGUAAAAGUCCAUUUUUAUGGUCAUUAAGGGAUCAUGCCCGGAAGAGUUUGCCUGAUGGAUUCGUCGAUCGGACUAGCGGAUACGGCAAAUUGGUUUCAUGGGCACCACAAAUGGAGGUUCUGGCAAGUGGGAAAGUUGGAGUAUUUGUGUCGCAUGGUGGGUGGAAUUCCGUUUUAGAGAGCAUCUCAUAUGGUGUCCCUUUGAUUUGCAGGCCCUUUUUCGGGGAUCACGGCUUGAAUAGUGCAAUGGUGGAGGUGCAAUGGAGGGCUGGAUUGAGGGUAAAAGAUGGGAUUUUCACCAAGAAUGAAACUGUCAAAGCUAUAAAACUCAUAUUGUCUGGUGAAAAGGCUAAGGAAAUCAGAGAGAAUGCUCAAUUGCUUAAAGGACUGGCCAUUAAUGCUGUUAAACCCAAUGGAAGUUCAGCCCGAAAUUUUCAGGACUUGUUGAAGGUGCUAACUAAGUCUUAAAAUAAGUGGAACCAGAGUGCCAGGUUUCAUGUGCAAUAAAUCCUUUCAAUGAGCAUAUGCUUAUUUGUUAUUCCUUCUGUUUGAAAAAAAUAGUUUUAAUUCAAAUCUUAAAACUCAAUAAAGAAUAUUUUUUAUAAAAAAAAAACGAGAGUCUUUAUUUUUCCUAUUUUUCAAGCAGCUUAUCAAGGAGCUGAUCAAGGAUGUGUAGUGAUAUAGUAUUGUGAUACAUGAGUUUAUAUGUCAUAUGUCACUUCUGUGUACUUUAAAUGAAUCAUUUUUAUAAUGACUAUAUUUAACCUCAUGUGUUGCACGAAUUGAAUUGGAUUUAGCUUUAAAAUAUAAUAUUAUAUCUUUUGUGUGAAUAGAGUGUUUAUGAGUUGUGAAAUAUUAUUGACUCAUAGGAUUAUAAUCUCAUCACUGUAAUCAACUCAUAUAUCUAUCGUAUAUUAUUUACUCAAUAAUUAAAAUAACAUACAAGCCGCUGAUGUGUCAGCACUACAAUGAAAAUUUUCCCUCCAAAGAUUAUUUUAAGUACAAAAUCAUUUUUGACAUGUGGCACUCUAACUAUUCAGAAAAAAGGAUGAAAUA